CCAUUUAAAGGAGUUUUUGCAUCCGAUCCCGUCUCUUCCUACGUCCCAGCCACGAUGGCCAGACUCGCGGCUGUGUGCGUUCUUGCGGCUGCUGCCUGCUGCCUCCUCCGCUCCAUGGCCUUCGUGCCGGCCCCCGCUCCCCGAAGUGAUGUGGUGACCACGGCCGCAGGCGCUGCCGUGAUCGCCAGUGCCCCCAUGGCCGCAGAUGCGUUCGUCUACAAGGGCAAGGAGUACUUCGAUGUUUUCUACGGGAUCGAGCCCUUGGCCUGGGCCUUUUGCGGCUUCUGCAUCGUCUACUACGGCGCCGUGCUGAAGAACGCAGCACAAAAGUACAACAUCCCCCCGGCGCCAGUGCCACCUAAG